GGACAUGAUGGGGGGGACGUGAUCAAAAAAAAGAAAAAGACAGAGCUCGGGCUUUUCAUUAGUACCUGUGAAAAUUACUCGAGUCUUUUGGGGGGGCAAAAGUGGACAUUGCAAGGGAAGGGAAGGAGGAGGAGGAGGGCUCAAAGAGAAACUGUCCGAUGUUGGGUUGUUGGUUGGACGUCACACUCUUGUUUGUCAUCUUUUGUUUCGCAGUUUUCUCCCAUUUCUUUUUUUUAAACGCAUUGUGAUUGUGUAAAAAAAGGGUUGUUGCUUGCUGGUUCCGCUUCCAGCAUUUUGCUUUUUGGCAAUGAUCUUCUUGGAUCGGUCAACGAUACCUUCUGUUAUGGAUAUCCCAUCCUCAUCUCGGUAUUAUACCACCAACGACAACGACGUACGCCUUGCAUCCACUGCCGCUCCUCUGUCAUCCAACGGUUUCUCUUACUACGCCUAUCCACCUUGGAUCCAGCCUGAGGGAAACAGCAUCAUAGCCCCUUCCUAUCAGCAGCACUCGGCAUCCACAGCCCUACCACAGCACGAGCCCAGUCACAACACUUUCAGUCCACAUCCUCCUUGUGUAUCCCCUCUACUUUUACCGUCGCCAACCGAUAGCAGCAUGGAUAUCACAACAUUGUCAUAUCUGACAGACCUUGCGACACAGUAUACCAGAGUGCUUUGGCUCCCAAACUGCGAACGAAACGAAUCAGAGAUGAAAAUGGAACAUAGAGACUUGCCGACAUUUCAGUCGUUCAUUAUGCACAUUCUACAAGCGACCAAUGUCGAGGCGCCCGUGUUGUUGAUGGCCUUGUGGUUUUUGAAGAGGCUCAGAGCGGCAAAUCCAUUAGUGAAGGCGGCCGAGGGAAGUGAAUACAGAUUGUUUGCAACUGCGUUGUUGUUGGCCAACAAGGUCAUGGACGACCAUAGGUUCACGAAUGCCGCUUGGUCACAAGUCACAGGCCUAUCUGUCGAAGAACUCAACAUUAUGGAGCGGGAGUUCCUACAGUCCCUAGACUAUCGCCUGCACAUGUCAGAUUACUCUUACUUUCUUUGGCUCCAGAACCUUCAAUCAUUCUCAUGUGCCCUCAACCAAGUCCGCUACAAACCGACAACCCUCAGCGCAGCGUCUCCUACCGAUUCUGCCGUCUCUGUCUCCCCGGCCGCUGCUGCUGUGCCUCCGUUGUUAUUCCCGUCUUCACCUGCCACAUACUCUGGAUACAUGAAUGUCGACCAUCGCAUACCGACAUAUACCCAGAACAGUGGGUAUGUGGUUCCGACUAGUACCGGGUUAAAUGGAGAAACAGGGCAGCGCUACGCACACUUUGCAAACAGUCAUAUACCCGUUGCCGGCGUAAACCCAUUACGAUCGAUGCAGCCUUUGGCAAUCCUACGACAUCGACGCACCAACAUGUCUGGAUAUUCCCCAUCGACAAAAGCUCCCAUUCCUGAAGCCACUCAUCACCAUCAUCGCGAGAGACGAACUCGCACAAGCGGACCACGGUACGCACGAAAUCAACCUCGCGCUACAACAUGGCGAAACGGCCAGCUUCGUCAUGCAGAUGCAUAUGUCCCAGACGAGCAAUGGCGCAGUGCGAGUUUAUGGCAUCCGACAACGGUGGUAGCCGAGCGUGGUGCAACCGUUUGGGGUUUGUGACAGUUUGCGCCUCAUAUCUUCAGCCCGCUUGAACCUGCCGACAACAAAAGGGCUACCAUUCCCUUUCCGGUCCGUCCCACUUGCAAAUCUGUAUCCUUGCAUAAGCAACAUAUCACAUCAACAGCGUAAAAAGAACUGCAAACAUCACGCAAAAUGCAGCUACUUUUUUGCUACUAUCACUCAGCCUCACAUUCACAUCCGCUUGGCUACACGCCAACGCCAUACACUGUAUCUAUUGGUGCAAUUUUUCUUGGGACAGGCCCCAGAAUACCCAGAUCCGAACGACGACGACAACGACGACAACAACAACAAGAUUUGGACCCCCGACCUUUGCUUUCCUAUUCCCAUUUUGCGUUAGGAUUAUACAUAUGACCCUUUGUUUUCGGGACAUUUGUACUCUUUCGGUUACCGAUUUUGUGUGUACGUAGUGCUUUACUUUUUUGUAUAGUGUUUGGCAUACGUUGGCGGGCCUUGUUGAAUAUAUCUGUCUGUCGAUUCGUGGACCGUUUCGUUUAUUUUGUAUGGAUCUAUGCUUGAUGGAAGCGGCCACGAAUAGGAAUGUACGCAGCGUACAAGUAAGAAACCGGUGCGUGAAAAAAUUGUUGAAUAUAUCUGUCCGUCGAUUCGUG